CGUUUCUCGCCCGUUGCUGCUUCACAUCUCAUUCUCUCGUUCAACAUCGGAAUCAGCUUUGGGACAUGACCCCGCGCUUCCUCAAGGCGUUCCUGUUCUCGGUGUUCUCUCUCUUUCUCCUGGGCUCGCUGGCACUUCUCCACCCACCAUCUCGGACAUACGUGGACACAUGGACGGGUGACCUCUUCGGCGAGGGCGGCAUGGUGCCACCGCCAUCUCCCACGCAUGGAGUGCACGGGGAAGUAAUCAUGGGCAAGCUGGGAAAUGCGACCGCAAAGGCCGAGCUCGGUCGUGCGACAUGGAAAUUGCUACAUACCAUGACUCUCCGAUACCCCGAGAAUCCUACGCAAGACGAGCGUGAUGCUCUAAACAACUACUUCCAUCUAAUGUCGCGCCUAUACCCGUGCGGAGAGUGCGCGGCAGAAUUCCAAAUGCUUCUGAAGAGAUACCCACCACAAACGUCUUCACGGCGAUCGGCUGCAACAUGGCUAUGCGUCGUACACAACGAAGUCAACAAACGGCUACACAAGCCAGAGUUCGACUGCGCACAUCUCGACGAGACGUAUGACUGCGGGUGUGGCGACGAGCCUAUCAACGCCCCGGCAGGGUCCGCCAACGAUCCUAUGGACCUGGAGCACGAUCCGAGCAAGGACAGGAAGACCGGGAUGGGUCUCGUGAAGGGUGGGAGAGCGGUAUCGUAGGUGACCCACAUUGCAACGUGUGGCUUCCUGAUUUGCUGCGGGCGAUCUGCGUGCUGUUGUACAUAUACUGAUACUGGUUUCUUUGGAUGUGCCGACUGAAUAUCUUGACAAACC